UUUUAGGCCGUGUGCUUGUCACCAGUGACGACAGUCAGUAUCUCAGGCUACAACAGUUACAUGCCUCAAACUCAAAGCGGCACACAGUUACUAGUAGUUGGAAUAGCCAUAGUAAUAACUAAUACUAUUGUUGGAUAGUUAUUUCAAGUUUCCACAUGAACAGGCUGUGUAAAUGUUGCUGCGCGGUUCUGUGGGCAGAAGAGCAGCGAAGGUGCUUUGGCCAGCGCGCUGGUGCGCACAGUAGGUUGUGCAACGCCUGUAGACGCACGAGGUCAGCGGAAAAGACAUUGCAAUUCAAGCACAUUUUACUGUAGUCUGCAGCCGCAAUACUAUAAUUGCCCGGAGUUGAUCGAGGUUGAACAUGUCGGACCUGCAACCCCCAAGACCUGCCCGAGUCCUCUCCGAUAAGAGAAUCGACCUACGGACGGUUGUGAUACCACCCAAAAUCUGGCAACCGCAGCAGACAUGCAGCCGCAAGAGUGCUGACAAGGAGGGCAAGGUUGUCGGCUUCUUGCGGGUGUCGCCAGACAUGAACUUGAAGACGGUUCGCACGGAGUUCCAGAUUCAGCUAGAGGAAACCAUGGUACCGACGGACUAUGUCUUCCUGCGCUGCGUGGGAGACUUCCUAACACUGGUCUCUAAGAAGCAAGAACAAACUCUGAAGGCCAAAUCCUAUGCACCGCCAUAUACAAGCACACCGGAUGUUUACGUGCUGUCGACCGAAUGUCUGACUUCCCAGGCUAUGACAUCUAUUGCAACUGCUGAUAGAAUUACGUCUCCUCUGAUUUCUCCGAUGUCUCCUGAUCCUAAAGAAUUUCCUCAGGAGCAACCAGUUACCGCAGGUGCUGCGGCUGUAGAGGACCGUAUGUUGGUAAGCCCGACCUCUCCGUUUCCAAACAGUUUGAAUUCGGAUGACUCUCUGCGUGCUGUUUCAAAGCGAUCUGACUCAAUACCGCAAGUCUCAAUAUCGUUAUCACCUACACCAACUCCCCAGCCGCCGUCACAACCGCGAGAUCCAGCAUUGCCGAGACGAAGUCCCAGGAGCGGUCGCAAGCGCAAGGAAGUGCAACCCACUGCUGACAACGCUGACGGAUUGUCCUAUGCAAUGCCGGUCUCAGCAGCACCGGAACCAAACUCCACGUCCCUGCUACUGGGAAUGCUACGGGAACCGCAUCCACUGAGCGGCUCAGAACGGUUCACAGUGCCCACUCCACAGGGAGGCACGAGUAGAUCUCCGUCACGGAGUCGGAGCACAAGUCCAUUACCACCGCUGGAUGUUGACCAUCAUCGUGACCAGGUCGACGCAGGGCAUCACACUGUGGCAGGUACGACUGCGCCUCUGCAAUUAUAUCUGAACCAGGGCAUGGCUGGUGAUUUAUCACUGCAAUUCGGUGGCCAGGGACAGCCUGGCGGUGAUUUAUCACUGCAAUUCGGUGGCCAGGGACAGCCUGGCGGUGAUUUAUCACUGCAAUUCGGUGGCCAGGGACAGCCUGGCGGUCUGUCCAGCGGGCAUAUGCCCCGCGUAGAUAUACGGAUUGCAUCUCCAUCGCCAUUCAACAAAGCACAGCCUCUCCCUCCGCUCGGCAGCAACUCCGCAGCAGAAGAAAGCGAGGAAGAGGAUAUGGAGCAAGAAGCUGAACCUGAAGCAAGUCUUUCUCCUCUACCGCCAGCAACAAAUGACAUCUUUGCGGCACGAGAAGCUUCUCAGAAGGCUCACCAGCAGGAGCUCGAUGAGCUGAAGGCUAAGUUAGCAGCACUGAAGGGAGAAAUAGAACCGAAGGAACAGUACAAACGAGAGCUUCAUGAAAAGUCCCAAUCCCUGGAAAAGGAACUGCAUCGCAAGCAAGCAGCAACGGAAGAGGAAUGGAAGAAGAAGUACCUCCAGGAAAAGCGACGAACCAUUCCAUUGGAGAACAAACUGGAUGAACUGAGGAAGAAGUUCGCAGACCUGCACAACAAACCGGCGCAGCAGCGAGGGCGCCAAGCCAUGAAAGAUCCAAAGGGUCCAUCAGAAGCUAACAACAAUCGUGCAAUGUUCCAGCGGCAGCAGAAGGAAAUCGAAAGGCUGAGACAGCGAGAGGAGACCUUGCGAAAUCAACUUGAGGCAGAGCAGAAGGCACGUGCCCAGAUGGCUCAGGAAUGCAAGCAGCUUCGCGAGGAGCUGAUGGACAAGAAAAUCACCAAAACGCUCAUCAAGAAGCCAUAGCUGAAUACAGAACCCAAUUGAGAGUUGAUACCGUAUAUGCCCGUUGCAAUACAUUGUCAAUGGGAUUAGCUUCAAUGGAAGCUCCCACUCCCAGCACAAACACUGUGAUGACUAGCUGGUCAUGGACUUUACCUAAAACACUAGCUGCUCGGUCUAGUGAUUUCUAUCAUCUCACUGUGCUAGUGUCAGAUGUCUGGGCCAAUUACAAUGAGCCUGGUGCUCCUUUCAGUCUGCGACCUCUCCAAUUGUGCAAUGGCCGGCGCAAUUCUACCUUGGAGUUCUCGGACAGUGUGCUGCUCUCAAGUAUAGACUGAGGUCUGCUGACUCGACUUCUGUGCAGAUCAUGCCAAGUGGUCGUGCUGUAUUAUCAGCACUAACUAGCAAGCUGCUCCCGGAACAGGCACGCUUUGCAGUGACAUAAUAUUUGCUGUUCCAGCAAGUGUUGCCAAGUGAAAUUUUUACAAAAAAUCAUGCCUAAGCAUGCCUGUCUGGCUCAUAUCCCAGGACUUGAUUUAGUACAAUGCACUGUCAUGGUAUCUAUCUCUCUACUUUGCUUGGUAUCUUA